AUGAUCUGGAGUGUGCGGGCUCUCGCUGAGGAGGUGCGAGGCAUCCAGGAAGCGGAGGAGCAGAGUGCGUCGUCAGUUAAGGCUUUCGCUAAUCCAUCUUCUGAAGCAUCCUGAAACUGUCCCAUAAUUAAGGGGAGAGAAGCAUUAGGAUGCAUCUCAAGAUGAAUUAGGGUGAGCGCUAAGCCAGCCCACAACGAGCCUUCUGUUUGUCCAUACAAAGGCAGAUCAUCGUCGUGGGCAGCGAUGUUGUGCCCGUAUAAGGGCAAGAAAUCUAACGAGCAUGUUGAGCAACAGCAUCAAGAGGGAGAAGAUAGCAACGGUUCGAGCGGUAUAGACAGCGCAUCGAGAGAUGCGACUGCAAUGUCAGCAUCAACAUCUUCAUCUGGGAGCGUAGCCGGGUUCGAUAAACAAACAAGCAACGAAAAUUUGUUCGUCAACACGGAGCAAGAAGUAGUGGUAGGGUCCUCGAGCUCUUCCUCUUCCAGUAGCGCCGCCACCUCGUCUGGUGCUGAAAAAUGUCCUAUUAACCAUAGCACAACAUCUUCAUCAGCUGGAGGUUGUCCCGUGGCAUCAUCGAGCUCUUCGAGUCCAACCACAAUGGCUGAAAGCCGUGGUUCUCGACUGAACAAGGCGCUACUCUCCUCAGCAGGAGGCACUUGUCCGAUGCGUGCUCGCAAUCCAGACUUACAGGCUUCUCACGGCGAAGGAGCAGUUGCGACUGGGAGUUAUUAUCAUGACAAGAAUCUACGCUUAGACGUGAUAGAGCCACAAGGAGGUCCAUCUUCGCCUUCCUCUUCCUCCGAUAGCUCUACAGGUUUGAUAAAUCCGCGCAACAUGAUGCCGACGAUGCGGAACGAAGCGUUGCCUUCGGAUUUAGUCCAGUUCGAUAAGAACCGGGAGGUGAGUUCGAUCCCAAAAACCGGAGAAGAUCAAGGAACGACUUGGGUUUAUCCGAGUCCCCAACAGUUCUACAAUGCGUUGCGGAGACGCGGGAAAGUCGAUGAAGAGGACGAAUUAGAAAAAGACAAUACUAUGGAUGCCAUAGUCUUUGCGCAUAAUGUGACGAACGAGAGAACCUGGGAAGAAAUCCUGGACUGGGAAAGGAUGCACAUGGAUCGCUGCAAAAAUCCGACACUGCUCUCCUUUGUGGGAAAAAGCGAGGAGCUGAGUUUGGGAGGGUACUUCUUUCAUCUUCAGAUUUUAAAAAUGAUGUGCAGUUAUAUCUAGUUGUUGCUGAAAAGAGAAUUCAUACCUUAUACCUCAUAUAAUUUAAGUGAUUCCUUCAUCCAAAACUGCUUCCUAGAAGUAUACUAGAUGUUGAAUUCUUUUUCAAGAAUCUUGAUCCUCUUGUUACCCCUAAAACAGGCAUUUCUCUUCAUAUUUCCGAAGUCGUGGAGCCCCUUUUGACCGUCAUGAUUGGGUUGUCGACCGUUGUGGCUUAGAAAAAGUCCGUUACAUCAUCGAUUACUACGAUGACCCCAACGCCGGAGCCGAUGACGAACACGGCUUGGAUAUCUCUCUGGUAACGAGACCCGCAGCAACAGACGGCUUUCGAAAUAUCUUCGAUAUCCUGAGGAAGCCAUUGUGGGAUGCUGGAAUUCUAGGAGGGAAGAAGAAGGAGCAGCAGGAUGCAUGAUUUUGAUUAAGAUCACGCAUGAUGGCUGCAUUUUUUUUUGCGUCUCUACAGUCGUAUAUGUAGGACUACUCCAUUAUGACGGCACUUAGGCAAAAUUUUUCAUAUUCACAUGUUAAUUAUAGAGUCUACUUCAUCUUCCUCCAUCUGCAUCUAAAUACCAGGGAAAAACGAAAUCAACAUGGGGGAUGCAGUGGCUUAAUCCCUUGUCGUGUGCAGCUUCUAGGACGUAAACACUGCUACAAUUUGUAUUUUGAAGACCCCCUUCGAUUUUGAUCUUCUUUUAUAAUUCCACAUCCACCUCCUGACAGAUGCCCAGCAUGCCAUCAACCUGAAGCACGCUGUUCCUACGAUUUUUGAAAACUUGUUGUGACCGAGUUUUUUGUGUCUCA